GCGACGCUGCCCCUCUAUUGCAGUUUUAUUUGGCGAACGAACGCGACGCGAGAUGUGCAAAAUGUUUAAAGCGCAAAGAACGAUCGACCAGUGAUUGCACCUUGAUUGAUCCGUUCAAUCCGAUCUGAUCUGGCAAUCCAUCCAAUCGGGCAACACAAAACCGCAGAGCAACCGCAGCAAAUGCCAUCGUGAAUUGAAACGCCCACCCACACAGGCAAACGAAAGGGGAUUUGGAUUCGGAGUCACCACACACGCACACACAGACGGACUUUAGGAGCACCACCCGCACACACACGCACCCACCACCCACACACCCGCAGCGAUGUCACACCUACCUUUGCCGCUUUAUGGCUUCGCGGCAUUCUUCAUGGUUUUCUGGCUUGGGACUUGGAUGGUGCACGUGAUAGCCAUCUGCUACGGCCGCUAUAAGCUGCACAAGAAGUCCUGCAAGCUGCCUACGGAGGCACAACCCCUUCCAGGUGUUUCCAUUCUGAAACCUCUCAUGGGUGUCGAUCCCAAUUUGCAGCACAACCUGGAGACCUUCUUUGCCAUGGAUUACCCGCUGUACGAGCUGCUCUUCUGUGUCGAGGACAAGGAGGACCCGGCUAUUCAGCUGGUGGAACGGCUGCUGUCCAAGUACCCGCUGGUAGAUGCCACACUCUUUGUUGGUGGCUCUGACGUGGGCGUCAACCCCAAGAUCAACAAUAUCCAUCCCGGCUAUAUGGCCGCCAAGUAUGACUUUGUGAUGAUCUCGGACAGCGGCAUCAAAAUGAAAGAUGACACGCUGUUGGACAUGGUGCAAAACAUGUCCGAAAAGCACGCCCUGGUCCAUCAGAUGCCCUUCACCUGCGAUCGCGACGGUUUUGCAGCCACCUUCGAGAAGGUCUUCUUUGGCACGGUGCAGAGCAGGAUCUACCUUUCGGCGGACGUCCUGGGCAUCAACUGCCACACGGGCAUGUCGUGUCUGCUGCGCAAGGCAGUCAUCGAUCAGUUGGGCGGCCUGAGAGCCUUCGGCUGCUAUCUGGCUGAGGAUUUCUUCAUUGCUCGCAGUGUGACGCGACUGGGCUGGAAGAUGCGUAUCUCCAACCAGCCAGCGCUACAGAACAGUGGACUCUGCGACAUCGGCAGCUUUCAGGCACGCCUCAUCCGUUGGGCCAAAUUGCGCGUUGCCAUGGUGCCCACCACCAUUCUACUGGAGCCGCUAUCCGAGUGUAUGAUUCUCGGCGCCAUCGCCGCCUGGUCGGCCUCCGUGCUAUUCAGCUGGGAUCCACUGGUGUUCUACCUGGUGCACGUGCUCUGCUGGUUCCUGUCCGACUGGCUGCUACUCUCCAUUGUCCAGCACGGCUCAAUGCCGUUCCACAAGUUCGAGUUCGUCGUUGGCUGGCUUUUCAGGGAGCUGACCGGACCAUAUCUGUUCCUUCACGCCCUCUGGAAUCCGGCGAUCCGUUGGCGCGCCCGCACCUACAAGCUUCACUGGGGCGGAGUGGCCUACGAGCUGAACAACCCCACCUCCGAUGCUGCCAACGCCCCACUGGCACCACAACCCGCUCCCACGUUAGAGCCUGCGCCAAUCACCGGGGGAUCCACGGGGGACACAUUAAUCUGCACGGGCGCCAAGCAGCGUCUGCUGGUGUCGUAGCACCAGCUAGUUAAGUUUGUUAUUUUGUACUUGUGAGAAACCAACUCAGCGGACUGCAAGCGGCUGGCGGGCGGCGUCUAGCGUCUGGUAGAAGUAUUAUUAGCUGAACCUUAGUCACUACGUAAGUCUAGAGUUAAAGCUGUAAAAAAGGCGAUUGCGGAGCGGCAUCCUUGCACGCCUCCUGGACGUGAAGCGCGGCAGGCGGACCUAGAUUAGUUUAAAGACACUGAUUAGACGACGAGCGUAUCGUUGCGAUCACUCGCCAGAGAUUUAGAUUGUAGGCGUUCGAGCAGAGCGACCCGGGCGCAGUUUGGUGGCUUCAUGGAAACUGGUUAAUGAUGCUUUCUGUAUAUAUUAGGUACAUAUAUUUGUAGCCAGCCUGUACAGACGUAAGCCCUAGUUAGCAUUAUGAUUGUGUUAAUUCUCUUCUGUUGCUUUAUUGAAUUGUAAUUAUUUAUUUUUGGCCAAGCACCCUAGUUAUAUUGUUAUUGUUAAGCCUAAACUUAUGAUUACUUUUAGUUGAGUUGUUUGUGUUAUGUUCUGUUUUGCCCCAGCUUCUGUACAUAAGCGCCGUAAGGGAAUGCCAUUGAAUAAAUCGAAUCGAAACGAUCGUGCGAAUGAAA